GACAGUCUGUGCCUGGCCCUUUGCUCAGAGCUAAAAGGAGCUGCAGCAGGAACACAGUUUGUUUACGGUGAAUUUAGUUUUUCUCUUCAAUCAUGGAUCUUAAAGGGCUUCAAGUAACACUUUGUCUUCUUCUGCUGGUGCACUGCUCACUGCAGCAGGCCUCCUCCAAGAAGAAAAAUGGCAAAAAAGACUCUGUAACCAGUGCUGCAAUUGAGAAUCUACAGAAACAGAUUGAUGACAUUGUUCAGGAGCUGAACCUGUUGAAAGAGCGGCAAGCCUUACAGACAGUUUGUUUGAAAGGCACAAAGAUUCUGGGAAAGUGUUUCCUGGCUGAUCCAGUGAAGAAGACCUUCCAUGCUGCCAACGAUGACUGCAUCACCAAGGGAGGCACUCUGAGUGCUCCUCUGACGGGAGAUGAGAAUGAUCAGCUCUACAGCUAUGUUCGCCAGAGCAUUGGCCUGGAGGAGCAAAUCUGGUUGGGCAUCAAUGACAUGGUGACGGACGGACAAUGGGUGGACCAGUCAGGCUCCAGUGUGCGCUUCAAGAACUGGGAGACUGAGAUCACUCAACAGCCGGAUGGAGGUCACAGCCAGAACUGUGCCAUCUUGUCCACCACAGCCAACGGGAAGUGGUUCGAUGAGAACUGCAGAGCUGAAAAGGCUUCAGUGUGUGAGUUUAACAUCGUCUGAGGACUUUGCUGUCUCUCUUUUGUUUAAACUCUGAUGUCCCUCUAUGCAGAUGAUAUCAGUAUUUAAACAGAAACAUGGAUUUGACCUGUCGUUUCCUUUAGACUUCUGUUUCUAGAUGUCAUUGCAAGAAAAGAACAGCAAAUAUCACAGUAUAAGCUACUUAUUCAAGCAUUUAUGUAAAUUUUAAAAAUAUUCAUUAUGUAAAUUUUGACAUAUUUUAGAUAUCCUUGAACAUCAUAUCAGGAUGACUUGUCUGUGUAUUGUAUACUUAGGAUAAUAAAACCUGCUUUUAUAACUGACCAACAAUAAAGUGUGUUUUCUGUGGCA